AUGACUCGUCUCCGUCCCCUUCACCUCCUCCUCCUCACCGCCGCCGCGGCGGCGUUCGCCAGCGGCGCCGACGAGGCGCACGUCUCCGUCGCGGUCGCGGAGAAGGGCCUGGCCUUCGCCAAGGACGUGCGGUCGCUGACCCCGCUCCGCCUCCCCGGGGUGGAGAAGGCCGUCCGCGUGCCCUUCCUCGGCGGCGUCCGCGUCGCCGCCUCCAACACCACGCUCUUCCACCUAGACGUCGGGGACAACUCCACUAUCUUCCCCGGGGACUCGGGCCUUCUCGUCGUCGCCUCAGUAUGCACUGGAGCUACUGCUACGAUUCGUGGUUGUUUCCCAUAG